CGGAGGAGGGGAGAAGUGAUUUUCUGUCGAAAGAAGGGAAAGGGGAGGAGAAGAGAGAGCUGGAGUGGAGUGAGGUGUUAGUGGCCGGAGUGUCCAGGACUUACACACACAUUGGGAUUGCUGUAAUAAGGAUUAGGACAGGACAGCUGAAGGGAAUGAAGAAGGGGACAGAGAGGAGGAGGAGAGAAGGGUGAACAGAGUGAAAGUAAAACGAAAGAGUGGAAAAUACCAGAAGGGUAGCACACAAGCUUCAGAGAGAGAGAGAGAGAGAGAGAGAGAGAGAGAGAGGUUGCUUGUGAACAGAAGUUCGCAGUUACUCACACACACACACAUGGACGGCGACUCUGCAUUUAUCGACAGUCAAUAAAUUUUUACUCACUCGCCAUAAAGUGGGACGUCAUAAAAAAAAAACAAAGCAUGAUGGGUAACUCAGACGCAACGGGCUGGUAGAAGCAUGUUACCUACAGUUUUAUUGCUUCUAUUAGUGUUGAGUGUUCGAGGACGCGCUUGCAAUGAAUUGGAGAAAGAAACAGUCAGGAAUCUGCAGAGCUCCAUCGAGCAUGAAGAGCAGAAAGGAUUUCGAGAAGUGUUUCCGAAAAACUACUACGUACAGCAUCAUUUCAAUGAGAGCACACAGUGUGACGACUCGUGCUGUGUGCUCAGUGCAGUCGUCUUCCUGUGGGACUCCUGGAAGCAACUCCUGCAGCAUGUUGAACAGAUUCACAUGAAACAUUCCUUAAUUGCUGAAAUUAUCGUACGACUUCAUACCAUUUGGAAAAAGAGUUUCCAGGAAACACCAAAUCCCUCAGUCUUCCCAUCUUUUCAGUCCUCCCCUAGAACUCUGCUCACCUCCACGUCUGAUGUCCUCUCUAAAUGGCUGGACUUGAACUGCCCUGUUGACAGGUUCUGCGUAUUCCCCUCUCCAGCUCCUCUGUUCACUGACAAAAAAGGGGAGGAAAAGCAAGAACAUAGUGUGACUGAUAGAGCACCAGUUAAGGAGUUUGAAUAUGGGAAAGAAGGAGAAAGAGAAAAAAGAUGGCUUACCGUCACCCCAAAGAAUGGGGACAUGGGGUUGUCGGCUUUCCCAACCUUUUCCCUUUGUAUUCUUUGUUGUCUGUGGAUGCUGCUGGAUUUGACACUGAAAGAGCUUGGAUGAUGAAGGAGUUUCAUCCUGAAUGCAACACUGAGAGAUCCUGGCUAAUAAGCCAUGACGCUUAGCUACUGCAGUAAGCCUGAUAGAUCAUAUUCAAUCAGGUCAACGUUUGUUUGUAAUGAAGAUGUAUAGACCCCUUCGCAUGUUUGUAAACAAACCGACCGUUGCCAGGAUGUGCGCACAGCCUGGACUCAGAAACAAUGGCGCUGCCCAUAGACCGGCAUUAUGAGCUGUCAGAUUAUGCCAAACAAUUGUCGUUACAAGAUCGAGAAUGCUACAUAAAUAAGUUAACUCUAACAAGUGGACAUCGCCUACCGGAUCCGCAUUUAAUUAAAGAGUGGACGGACGAUGUUAGUAAGUUCCCUGGUAUACAAUGGCCAGAUAUAUACUCGUACCUUACUGACAAGACUUCAGCGUACACCCACAAAAAACUUCAUGCCUACAAGUCUUUAGACGCAUAUGAUUAUGUUAUGUGCGGGCAUGUACAACUUGAUUAACAAUGGGACAUUCAUAUUUUGUUUUAAUCAAAUUCUGCCAGUGAUGUGAUGGCAAUGUGGCUUUAGCUACAACAGCAAAUACCAACACUAAACAGCAAUUUGCAGGAGGUAAUGGCAUGAAAGGAAUGAUAGUGUAAAGAGUGCAGCUAAGAGAAAUCAGAGCUGCGUAAAAAGCGAGAGGCAGAGAGCAGAAAUGAAACUGAACGGGGCGGGAGCUAGGUUAGAGCAGUCAACGUAAGUUGGCAUUUAGAGUGAGGGCACACAAUUUUACCUUUCCAUCCUUGCUUUAAAAUUGUGAUUUUCGGCAUACACAAAUAAUGAUGGCACAAAAUCUGGACUGCUUGAGUCAAGCGAGACCUCUCCUACAAACAAAAUUGCAUGCAAAGCUAAGUUAACAUGCUAACAAUAUUCAUUACAUUGCAUACAUGUCAACCUAUACGGAAUGUCCGUAUUUUAUACGGAUUUGAUUCAAUAAACGUAGUAUACGGGCGUAUAAAUAAAGUUAUACGGAUUCUUUAAAAAAAAACUUCAAUAUUUAUUUAGAGCUAUAAUCAAUUCCCACGAUGAUAAAAGAGCGCAUAACAUUUACAAACGUACUGUACACCACAGACAGCCAGUAAAGAGUCUUAUGAAAUCGCGCGUUAUCUUGUGGUAGCAAGACUUCAUUCCACUUUUGAUCAUGCGCACACCGCAUUGCGAGAAUCCUGCCAACCGUGAAGUCAUAGACGCCGGCUUCUGCGUAGAAUCAUACGUCAUCCUCGCCCGAGAAUAAAGAUGCCUCAUUCAUGUGCGGCGUUUAACUGUACCAACAGGUUUACCAUCCAAACAAGAUCACAUGGGAUUACCUUUCACAGGUGAGACUGGAAAAAUACUUUUCAUUGUAUUUGGUCAUUAUAACGUAAUUUUACGAACAGAUUUUCCUGACUUUGUGGCUAAUAUGAAGUCUUGCGCAUAAUAGCUGCUCGGUGAAACCUGUCUCCAAACAACGAAGUAUUUCCUUCGUAACUACGCUGAUAACACUGUGUUUUUGUCAAACAUUGGAGCUUUGUAUUCAUUCUGAAGGUUUAUUGUUAUUAAUAUUGAAUAAAAAGUAACUGGGAUAUAUCAGUGUUAAUUAUCAUUCAAAUUUUAGGUAAAUUAUUUUAAUUUGCAUCUUAUACGGAUUUUAUAAGGGAAAUAUGGAUUUUGGAGGUUGGUUAUACAGGUUUGAUUGACCAAAGGUUGACAUGUAUGACAUUGUGUAACUAUGACCCAGCUAAUCAGACAAACGUUACCAAAGUAUUUUGCUACAUCAAUAAACGAAGACUAGAAAGAAUAAAAAGAAAGAUUUAAUAAAUAGCCUGAUCUUACCUGUGAUGAAGUGGGCGCUGCAAACCCGCGCAUUUUUGAUAGCGCUUUCAUCCCAGUCUACACGUUUGAUGGCUUGUAGCCAUAGACGUCGGCGAUUUUUUUGGAAUGGGUGAGAUCCUGCUGGAAUUCUGUACAUUUUAACCCCAUCACUGCAACGAUUCUGACACCCGACAACACAACAACUAGGCAUUUCUUCCAAAUAUUUCUUCUCGUCUCUACCGUCGCUGAGUCUUUUUUGGGUCCAGGCUGCGCGCGCAAUUUCCUCUUACGUAUGAAUGACGUUUACUGCGAAGGGGUCUAUUUGCUGCUGGUUUGGUGCUGAGGAUAGAACAGUGGUCAUUUAAUAGCUAUGGCAUCCCUUAUUGAACUUGUGCCUUGGAUAUACAGGGGGCUGCAAAAGUAGGGAUACAGUAAUGAAAAACAAAACGUUCGCAUGAAACAUUAGUAUUAAAUGAAACCUAGCACCACUAUUAUAAUACUGGUAAUACUGGAAUAAUCCUUCCUGUAUACCUACUUUUGCAGCCCCUAUAUAUAUAUAAACCUUAGAGCCAGUUGAUUAUACAAUAUAAAGUGAGGUUUCAGCUUGCAAAAUGUUGAUUGGUAGAAAAGAAGUCCUCUCGGUCACAGUCUUCAGUAACCGUUUUGUCCUGGUCAGGGUUCUGUAAACAGCGGGUUCAAGGUGGGAAUACACACUGGAUGAAGUGCCAGCUCAAGUAUUCACAUGAUAUUGCAGUUUGUGAUACAAAACUGUCAUUCUGAUUGAAAAUAAUGUCUAGGAGUUUAUACAUUAAUAAUAAUAAUAAUAAUAAUGUCCAAAACCCAUAGACUUAUUCUAACUUGAAGCACUUUACUAAUCAGAGUUUAUGAUUAUAAUAAAACAUGCAGUUUUAUAGAAUUGUUAUAAGGUUUAUGGUUGGCUUGGAUCCAGCUGAACCUUUUAAACACUCCUAGUGGAUUUGUCUCCAGUAGGAAAAAUAUUAGAAUUUUUUUUAAAUCAUUUGAUUUUUAACGUUCUUAAAAUGGCUUCAUCAGUUAAAAAAUCAUUUUGCACUCAAUAUGUUCUCAGAAUUAUUUAGCACAACCUCAAUCAUAUUUACGACUGAUACGAAUUUGUCCGAUUUUCAAAGCAAGCUGUAGCUCAAUCCAAAACUCUUGCCUUGAUUGUUCAUAGCUUUUUUUUUUAAUUAUUAUACUUUGUACAAAUGAUCAUGCAAAUGCUAAAAUGGUGACUCGACAUCAUUUCGUAUGGUUUUCUUUGUCGUAAGGGCUCCAUGAUGGAUAAAGGAUGGAAUAAUUUGAACAGGAUCGUGUGUAAAUAUAGUGUGUGCCCUCAUUCUGAGCACAUUUUUCAAGGAAAGGAAACCAGUGUUUUUCUUACUCCAAGACGCAGCCACGUGUCUUACAUUCUGGUAAACCAGACAAAUCCUUAGGCCUGAGGGAAUGGAAAAGGCAAAAUGAAGUUCUUCUUGUACAUGACUUAUUUUGGAGACUGCAGCUAUGUAAAACCAGUCCUCUGCCUUUCUUUUUUUUUAAUGAGUAACUGCCCUAGAAGCUUUGAGAAUUCAGUAAGCAUCAGCUAAUGAAUGUUAUGGAAAGACUGUUCAGUAUAAUGCUCUAGAUGCAUGGCUGUUAUAGCUGUUAGACAUAGUGUUCUGCACUUUCACUGUACUAAUAAUUUCCAUCCUGGUUGGUUGUUUUUACUGUCCUGCUGAAGGACAUUCCUCUAGUGUUAUGCAGGAUGUGAGCUUCUGACUAAAUAUUUGACGAAACACUGACUGUAAAACUUAAAUUUCCAUGAUUGCACAAUACAAGGGAAAAAAAAAAACUCUUCAAAAAUGGCAAUAGAAAUACAGUACUCAGUAUUAACAACAGGCAUUUUAAAGCAUUGCAUUGAAAAUAGCCCAGUUGCAAUAAGCUUGGAGCACACAUGUUAGCUAUGUACACUCAUACUCAAAUAUCAGCAGUAUUUCAGGAACAGUUCUGCAUUGUUAUAAUGUUUACAUGAUUUAAACUGAUGGCUUGGAUGCUACCGAUAAAAAGCUCAUACUGUAUUUCUCUGACACUAUAUAUCAUGCAAAUGAAUCGAUUUAUAUGUGUGGUUUGAUGAUGUUUCAACAGAAACAUGUAUAUGUAAUGUACAGAACCUGUGUGUGUAUAUCUAAUAUACGGAUUUAAAAAAAUAUCAAACAUUGCAUCUGUUA